AUGAUGGCUGACGCGGAGUUCACGGCAUCGCUCGUGACGCUGUGCCGUCAAACGCUCAGCGGCGAUCGUGCCACCAUUUCGGCUGCGGAGGAGAAUCUUAAGGCAUUGCUGCAGCCGAAUGGCGCCCAUAUUGGUCACAGGGUUAAAUGUCUUUUCCGGAUAAUCCUUUUGCCAUCUACGCUCAUACUGCAGCCCACAGCCAUCGCAGAUAAUGACCUCAAGGUCGUUUCGCCAGAACUUCAACUUUGGGUUGCCAUAUGCCUCAAGAAUUUCAUUCGGAGCAACUUCGACACACCGGAGUCCCAUGGUGGAGUGAGCGACGACCUGAGGCAUCUUCUGAGAUGCUUUCUUGUCGUUGCUGUGCUCAAUCACAGCCGCCUCGGUUUAGACAAGAAUGUGUUCAGACAACUGGAGGAAACUCUUCAUAUGCUUUCGGAGUACGAUUUCCCGCACAACAUGGACUUCGCUAUGUUGUUCAUGGAGUACUGCCACCUCAGUGACGUAGCGCCCACUGUAGUUGCGAACGCAUUUUCGCAGCGCGUUCACAAGGCGGCCAGUAUGCGCACCCAGGUAAACGUGGGGAUAAAUUCGGCUGUCGAGAACUCCCAAUCCCUCGCAAGGUCGUUAGAGGAGGCAAAGUCUACUGUUCACCUGGCAUACGGCGAGAGCUGUGCCAAGCUCGUGGCGUCGUAUUCCCAAGUGCACCAGUCUUUGGAGUCAUACAGUGCGGCAAUGGCAGUUGGCGAUCUCGGCAUAUUAGGGCGUGUGUACUGCGAGUUGUUUAGAACUAUUGCAUCGAGUUGCGAUGCGAUGUGCGAGGUGCUCAAGGGGGUGACUCUCUGCGACUUGGACCUUGGCAAGUUCCUUCAGGCCGCAGCGUACUUGUUCCCCAAAGAGCAGUUGCUAAUACACGCCAUCAGCAAUUCUACCGGUACAUGCGAGGUUAAGCAUGAUAAGGGUGAUGCGCUGAUGUACUUCGACGAUCGCGUGCUGUACAAGGACCCGGCGUUGUGGCAAAUGUCAAGCGCCGCGCUCCCCGAAAUUGGGAACCAUGGACAGUGGGUAAUAGUGUCUUUGCGCGCCGGAUCAGUUCUCAAUGAGGCUACAGUUGACCUGGAGUACUUCCGCCGCAAGACCCAAACCUUGGGUGUCUUCAAGAGGCUGAUGAAAAAAUACAAGACCAGCCUGUACGGCGAUGCGAUUCUGAGUGAGCUGAAAAUAGUGCUGACGGUUAGUGAGAACAUGUUGCUCUAUGUCUUCAAAGUUUGUCUCUCCAAACUGCGCGAAUUUUUGCCGAAGGCUUCUGUUGCCGGUGCUCCAAAUUGCAUGUCCCGAGUGGUGUUGGACAUACUAGAGGCCAUUACCUACAUCACUAAGAUCCUCACUUAUAUCCACGCCAUCGACCUGCCGGAAUGCUGCGAGGACAAUGUGGAUGUCUAUUUGGGUGGGAUGCUGGAACUGUUGCGUUUUUCGGACCCCGUGAUAUUGCAGGUCGACCAGUCUGGCAUAAUACGAAAAAUGAAAGUUGCUAUUUGCAAGCUGAUGCGUUACUAUGGCGAACGUUAUCAGGAAGCCUUCUGUCCUUUUGUUUUCCAAUGCAUCGACGACACGGUAGCACUUUGCCGUGGUUUGUCGCAGCAGAGCGAUGACGAUCGUUUGUGCUCCGCCAUCCUGGAAUUCCUCACUGCCUCAGCAUCGACCCACUGGAACCCCCAUGGUGGACGUAACAGCCCUUUCACUGAUGCCGAUUACCUGGCGGAUAUGAUACGGUCCAUCGUGCUUCCCAACAUCGGCUUCCGGGAGUGCGACCUCUUCCUCAUGGAAGACUGCCCUUUGGAGUUCGUCCAGCGUGAGUUGGACACGGGCACCGGCCAUAGCCGCCGUUUCGCCGCCAUCAGCCUUUUGAAGAAGCUCGUGAACACCUACGGACAGAUAGUGCAAUACAUACUGAACCAGUUCGCGCUGAACGUCUCCAGCGUCAACGAUUACAAGCUCAAAGAGCUGUACUUGCAGCUGAUCAUAUGUUCCAAUUUUAAGGCCAACGAUGGUUUCCAGGUCCACGCUUAUUUCUCUGAGCACCUGCGAGGCGACUUGCUUCGGGAGUCGCAGAGCCUGAUUAACGAGCAGGCGAACGUCCUGAUAGUAAUGGCGAUAAUGAAGUUCCUGUUUACGUUCAAAAAGCAAAUCCCUGUCAACGAGUUGUCGUCGCUGGUUGCUCCGAUCUCUGCUUUCUUGCGGCACCAGAACGACGCAGUGCGCUUCCUGGCGGCGGAGACUCUCAACCGCAUUCUGCCGCUUGUUCGGGACUAUAAGGCCCAGCUAAAGCAGACCUUGCUGCAGGCUCUGGGAUGCAUUCUGCAACUCAUGAGGUCUGAGCCUCCCAACGAGUUUUACGUGCGCUGUGUGAUGCGCAUAUUCCUCUUCUUGCGCCAGGAUGUGCUCGAGAGCGGGUUCGUCAUGUUGGACAUUAUCGUCGAGUUGAUCAAGAAGGCGUCGGACAAUCCAGUCAACCCAGUAUUCAACCACUACCUCUUUGAGUGUCUGGCCACACUACUCCGCAUCCACCUUUCCGCAGGCUCGAUGGACGCGGUGGCUCGCAUAGAGGACGGCCUGAUACCUACGAUCGCAAUCAUCAUGCAGCAGGAUAUGCACCCUUUUGUGCCGUAUGGCCUGCAGAUUCUGCAUAUAUUGCUGCGUGCUACGCAGCAGCCUGGCUCUACUUACAUGCAGCUCUUUUCGCACCUGACCUGCAUCGACACCUGGCGUGCUUCCACGGCGAAUGCCCACGGCGCUGCUAAGCUGCUGGUGUGUUACUUCGAGCGCCAUGCGCUGUUCGAGAAGGAGAUUGUGGCGAACAUCGAACGCAUAUUGGGUGUCUUCCACUUCUGCCUGACGCACCGGAAGCUGUCGUUAGUGGCGCUUGACCUUCUCAACGGUCUCGUGCGUUACCUUCCCGUUGCGUUUUACAGCAAGUUCAUCACCUCCAUCGUUACAGUGAUGCUUUCAUUCAUCCACAAGACGAAGACAGGCGAGAGCAUACCAAGGGUGGUCACAUCCAUGGCGCUUCUGGCCACGUCUCUGCAUCUGCAGCAGUAUGCGCCGGGCUUCGUGGAGACCCUGGAGACCAUCCAGGCCGGCAUCUGCCGAAAUUUCUUCCAGGUGGUAUACGUGCCCAACGCACAAAAGGUGUUGGCGCUCGAAUCGAAGCGAGUCCUAAUGGUGGGCACGGCCAUCAUGCUUGCCAGCCCAGUGGUACAGGUGUCUGGUGACAUAUUCACGCAGUUGGCUAAUUUCCUCGGGGAGCUGAUUCAAGGCCAAAGUCUGAAGGCCGCACCCAACCCCGUGGAGCAUGACGAGAUGGAGGACCUGAUGCAGGAUCUGGAAUUUGACGUAUCGUUUGUCCGUCUGCGCAGUGUUGAAGAUCCCGCCAACCGCGGUGGCGCCAAGCUUCUGGAUCCCAGUGUUAAUGUGGAGCACAUGGUGCGCAGCUCUCUGCGUCCGAUAGCUUCCAUUAUACAGCAAUUGCCGCCAGGUGGCAGUGCGCAUACUUUGCUGAACCUUUUGAAUUGA